GGUAUAAAAGGCCGGGGCAGAGUAAGCGGGAGGCUCAUUAGGAGAUGAGGAGCCGGAAGUGGAGGGUGGCGCUGGCACUUCUCAGCCUGGUAGCCACGCUUGGCUAUGUGGAAGGGGUCUUGGGGCGCCCUCGGCUCCAUGCCGCCUCCCGCCCGGAUCCUGCCAACCGGGUUUUCCAGCCUCCCCGGGAAUAUCAUACCUGCUUCAUUGAGCAGAAGAUUGACCACUUUGGGUUUUCUGAAGAUCGCACUUUCAAACAACGUUACCUCAUAGCUGAGCAGCAUUGGAAGAGAGAUGUUGGGUCAAUCCUCUUCUAUACUGGCAACGAAGGAGACAUCACCUGGUUUGCUAAUAAUACGGGUUUUAUGUGGAAUGUGGCUGAGGAACUUGAUGCCAUCCUAGUCUUUGCUGAACACCGGUACUAUGGGGUGUCUCUGCCCUUUGGAAACAAAUCAUUCAGCGAUGCCAAGCAUCUGAAUUACCUGAGUUCAGCGCAAGCUCUGGCUGAUUUUGCAGUUCUUGUGCAGCACUUGAAAGCCACAAUCCCUGGAGCCCAAGACACUCCUGUUAUUGCCAUAGGAGGAUCCUAUGGAGGGAUGCUUGCAGCCUGGUUUCGCAUGAAAUACCCCCAUAUUGUGAUUGGAGCACUUGCAGCUUCGGCCCCUAUCUGGCAGUUCGACAGCCUGGUUCCUUGCGGUACUUUUUACAGUAUAGUGACCCAAGAUUUCAAAAAGAGUGGGAACUGCUGUUCAGAAAGUAUCAGGAACUCCUGGGCAGCCAUUAACCGCCUGGCUUCCACAGAGGAAGGCUUACACUGGCUCUCUUGCACGUUUCGCCUGUGCACGCCUCUGAAAACUGGGACAGAUGCUGCUACCUUCAAAGGAUGGCUAAGCGAGACCUGGGUUAACCUGGCUAUGGUUGACUACCCCUAUAAGGCUGACUUCUUGCAGCCUCUCCCAGCCUGGCCUAUUCAGGCAGUUUGUAAAUACUUGAAAAAUCCCAAACUGCCAGACAAAUUGCUGCUUCAGAAUAUUUUCCAGGCAGUAAAUGUCUACUACAACUACACAGGACAUGCAUCAUGCCUGAACUUAACUCAGACUGCCACAAAAAGCCUUGGGAUUCAAGGCUGGUAUUAUCAGGCUUGCACUGAAAUGGUGAUGCCCAUGUGUGCCGAUGGAGUCAAUGACAUGUUUGAGCCUCAGAAGUGGGACUUCCACACCUAUUCGGAAGAAUGUUUCAAGAACUGGGGAGUGCGGCCACGUCCAUCUUGGAUCCCGACUUUCUAUGGGGGGAAGAACAUCAGUGCCCACAGCAACAUCAUCUUCAGCAACGGUGGGCUUGACCCCUGGUCCGGAGGUGGAGUCACAAAGAACAUCACCAACACUCUGGUGGCCGUCGUGAUCCCGGAAGGCGCUCAUCACUUGGACCUUCGCUCCAAUACGCCUUUCGAUCCAGAUUCCGUCCUGCAAGCUCGCCUCUUGGAAGUUCACUACAUGAGGCUGUGGCUGCAGCAGUACCGUCAAAGAUCUCAUAGGCAUCCGAAAUAACGAAAGACUCUGGGAUGUUUGUAAUGGUUUUUCCCACCAGUGAUGUCACUGGAUGUAAUCCUCAGUGUGGCUUGCCUCACAAACAUUCUCGAUCUCUCCUUUCCUCUCUCCUUCUUCUGUUCCAAGCCUCUGUUUGAGCCAUCUGGUUCAAUGAAGAAUGUUUGAAGAAGCAGAUAUAAGCCCUUCCAGGGCUCUGAUGCCAGUUGCAUCACUGAGUCUUUGCACAGUCAUUUCCUAGUUGAGCUCAGGGGCUGAAACAUAUUUACAGGGGAAUGGGGAAGCAGGUACCUUCCCCCCUGUCUCACAUGUGUACAUGGCUUAUUUACAAAAUUUAUUGCAAUAGGAUAUUUGGGAGUCAUGGUAUUAGUGGCUUUAAAAGGAAAUUAGACAAAAAAUGCAAUCAGCUGAUGGGUCUCCAACCCUGUAGUACAUCUGUUGUGGGACUGUUGCUCCCAUUAUCUUCAUCAUAGGACAUGCCACUGUCCAAAUCUGAUGGGAGUUGGAAGUCCAGCAAUAUCUAAUUGUGGAGAGGUUGUCCACUAUGAUAGCUGCCUAUAAUAGUUGUGAUACACUCUGAAUGUCAUCUCUUGAGGAAGCAACACAGUAACUGGAGGAUGCUGUCUCUAGGAAGCUCUGAGGCAAGACAUAGAGCAUCUGGCGGGUCUAAUCAUCUGGUAGAUCUUUGGAUUUAAGCAGGAGACUUAGAUUCACAGAGUUGGAAAAGACCCAAAGCGAUAGCCAGUCCAAUCCCCAUUCUGCCAUGCAGGAUUACAUAAUCAAAGCACUCCCAAAAGAUGGCCAGAAGAGGAGGCUCUUCCACACUCCCAGGCCACUUAAAUCUAUGGGUGGUUAGGACAUAGUAAUAUUUCAAGGGCAGAAGGACAAGCAGAGAACUUCCUUUAUGUCUGUAUUUAAGGGAACCAAAGGCACUGAAACUGUGAAAUCUAUUUUGCCACAAAUUGAGACCAUUGGAGUUUUCUCUCUUUAUUUGGAAUGCUGCAUUUCAAGUAUUCUGUUUUUAGGAAGUGGGUUUUGUUUUCCCACCGAGACCCGACGAGGCCGCAUUGCCCUGUAUAUGGCAGGUGUGGACCUCCCAGCUUCCUGGUUGCCAAUAAAUGGAAAUGCAGGAGGGAGAUCAGGGUGGGCAGUGUGGCCCACAGGCUUUGUAUGGUCUGCUAUUUAUGCAUCUGGAAAAGGUCCACUAGAAGUGGACAGAGAGGGAGGAAGGAAGGGAGGGAGGGAGGAGAAUAGGAAGAAAACAAACUCAAGAACAAUAGACUGUUGACAGCCUGCAGGUCUGGUUUACCUUCCAUCUCAACUCUAUACAAGAUGCAACAACUAGCAACAGGCUUCUAGUCAAUUUGUCCCAUUAAUUCCUUUACCAAAGGAUCUUUUGAUUGAACCACGCUUUUGUGUCUAUCUUGCUUUUCUUUUUUCUAAGUCAGCAAAUUCUGUGGACUACAUAGGUGGGAUAGUUUCGCUAACAUCAGACAUUCUGACACUUUUUGGGUAAGCUUCUUGGCAUUCAAAUCACAGUAUCCCUCCUGCUUUUCAUUCCGCAAACACUUUGAAUUCAGCUUUUUUGGGUGUGGUGUUUCACAGCACCAUUGCAGGGAUUCUAUGACAUGCUUUCUGUAUUUGCUCAGGAAAAUGCUGUAUUUUAUUUCUAAACCGUAUACUGCUCCUUCUUACUGCCUGCCAUAGCAGGAACAACAAAAAAUAAAUCAUCAUGUAUUCA